AUGAGACCUUCGAACCUUGUUUUCGCGGCAGUUGGCCUGCUGUCGCCAAUUGCCACAUCCGCGCUGGAACUGAAUGUUGACGACCCAGCCUCUAUUAGGGAAGCUACCAAAGUUGUUGCGGCGGGUCUAAGAGAAUGGUACACUGGUGAUCGACCCGGCGACGUACCCGGAAACUUGCCAGAUCCCUACUACUGGUGGCUAUGCGGAGCCAUGUUUAAUUCGUUUAUCGACUACUGGUAUUACACCGGAGACGACACAUAUAAUGCUAUUACACGGCAAGCAAUGGUGCAUCAGAUUGGCAACCCGAAAGCCUUCAUGCCGGACAACCAAACCAGUACGCUGGGAAAUGACGAUCAAGCUUUCUGGGGGAUGACCGCUAUGUCAGCAGCGGAAACUAAGCUUCCGGAUGUCGAGGGAGAGAUGUCGUGGUUAUCACUCGCCAUUGCAGUAUUCAACACGCAGGCACCGCGUUGGAAUACCCAAACUUGCGGUGGUGGACUCAACUGGCAAAUCUUCCGCUUUAACAAUGGAUUCGACUAUAAGAACACAAUCUCAAAUGGAGCCUUUUUCAACAUUGCGGCAAGACUGGCGAAGUACACAGGCAACACCACAUAUGUUGAGUGGGCGGAGCGAGCAUGGGACUGGCAAUACGCUGUCGGUCUUAUCAGCCCAGAUUAUCACUUCUUCGGUAAGAAUGCUACGCAAAAACUUCAAGUGAUGCAUUUACUGAUUGCGUAUCUCAAUUUCACAGACGGAACUAGCGAGAGGCAGAAUUGCACAGAAAAGAACCACAUCCAAUGGACCUACAACGCCGGAAUUCACAUGUCUGGUGUUGCAGCGUUAUGGAACAUGUCAGAAGCAAACGGUGAUACGGAAGCAGCAGGUAGGUGGCGAGAGCGCCUAGGUGGCAUCAUCAACGGAACAGACAUCUUCUUCAACGCUGAAGGCGCCCCAGACGUUAUGAUUGAAAUGGCCUGCGAACGCAACGGCCUAUGCGACCACGAUCAACGCUCUUUCAAAGCCUAUCUCAGCCGCUGGAUGGGCUACACGAUGCUAAGCGCUCCCUGGACCCGCGACCGCAUCAUGCCAAAACUUCGUACCUCCGCCGUAGCAGCCGCCAAACAAUGUAGUGCCGGAAAAGGUGGAUGUGGCCUUCGGUGGUGGCGAGGCGGCGUGAAUGAUGGAGAAGUGGGUGUUGGAGAGCAAAUGUCUGCCUUGGAGGUCAUGCAGAACUUACUUGUUGAUCAAGUUUCUGGGCCCGUGGGGCUGGACACGGGCGGAAUCAGUGAAAACGAUCCUACUGCGGGUAGUGAUGGAGGAAAUGUGCGGAUCGAGCAUGACGCUAUCACGACGGGGGAUAAGGCUGGUGCUGCGAUUCUUACUAUAUUAGUAUUUGCCGUGUUUUUGGGUGGAGGAGGCUGGCUUAUCAUGAGCGAGUAG